AGCCCGCCGCAUCCUUUGUGCCGCGCUCAGGCAGCGCCGCGGGGCAGCGAGACGGAAUGUGGCCAGGGCCGCGGCUCUCCUCUGCCCAAACUCUGGAAACAAUGGACUGAAAGGGAACAUGGAGUGAGGGGAGCGAGCCGCGGGGAGAACCAUGACUUCUGCCGCCGAGAAUAAAAAGCCACCAGUGGCCCCCAAGCCAAAGUUUGUGGUGGCAAAUAAUAAACCAACCCCACCUCCUGUUGCACCUAAACCUGAUGUUGUGGUUUCUAGUGUUUCACAGUCAACUAAGAAGGCCAAACCAGCAAUAGCUCCAAAACCAAAAGUUCUGAAGGGCUCACCUGUUCGGGACAUCAGGCAGUCACCAUCAAGGAAAAUCCUCUCAAACCUGGAAGAACAUAAACAGGAAGUACUUGAAAGACCUGACAACUCUAAUUGCAAAAAUGCAGGGCAUCAGAGCAGUGAUUAUAUUUUACCCAUGUGUUCCUGCAGCUCAGAGUGUAUCCAUAAACUUGGAAAUAGAGAGAAUGUGUGUGUAAAGCGGCUUGUCUUAGAGCCCCUGGGAAUGCAUGAAAAUUUAGAAAACAGUAAAAUUGAUGAAUUCUCAUUAGCUAUUAAAAAUAAGAGAAAAUGUCACUGUAAUGGUGAAAAGGUCAGGAGCCAGAGUGGAGUAAUUUCAAAGGCAAGUGUCCUAGAGGAGAAGCUUAAAGAUGUUUUAACACAAAGAUCGUCACCCUUUAUUUUCCCACAGAAGCACAGAUGUACAGACAACCCAGAAAUGAAUGAUGACUGUAAUUCCAACAGACAAUUCAGAAAUGAAAAUGCAGAUUUUUCACCUUCCCUGUCCAGCUUUGCAAAUGUUCCUGAUCAUCCACAUUGCCACCUACAAAUUCCUAGUGAUGAAUUUCAAAAUUUGGAAACUUGUCAGAAUGGCAGUGAAAAAGGCAAUUUUUACUUUCACUCAUCUGAACAAGCUCUGGAAAAUGGUAAAAGGAGUACUUCUGUUUCUUCAGAUGGAGUUAGUAAGAAAUCAGAAAUCAAAGACCUUGGUCCCUUAGAAAUUCAUUUGGUACCAUAUACCCCCAAAUUUCCAACUCCCAAGCCUAGAAAAACACGUGCUGCUCGCCUAUUACGCCAAAAGUUUAUAGAUACUCCUAGUGAAAGUGCUGAAGAAUCAGAGAACUUAAAUAGUAGCUCUUCAUAUCUUUUCAAAGAUGCUUUGAGAAACAACAAAAUCAGUGUUCUUCAUCAGAAUGUUUUAUGUAACCAGGAACAGGUAGACAAAAUGAAACCAGGAGAUAAAAGUGAAUUGAAUGUGAACUCCAACAGUGACAGUCAAAACCUAGGCCAUUCACAGAAAGCCCUGUGUGAUGAAAGCUCUUCCUUUGAAAAAAUGGCACCUCCUUUAAACACAGACUCUAAUUUUAGUUCUGGCAGCAAGGCAGUAGAUGGUUCUAGUAUGUCACUUGCUGUGGAUAAAGGCACUAAUUUUAUAAGAUGCAGUACUUUAUCUAUGAGCCUUCCCAAGCAGCUCAAAUUAAGUUGCAGAGAACAUUUACCUACUGCCUGCAAUCUGGAAGUAUUUACCCCUCAAAUGCAAAAGGAAUCUAUAAUAAAAGAUGAAAGUUCCUUGAGAAUUGUUCCCAAAAAACCUCAAAGACAAAGCUUGCCUGCUGCAGGGGUGCUUAAAAAGGCCGCUUCCGAAGAGCUUGUGGAGAAAAGUUCUUAUCCCUUAAAUGAAGGGAAAAAAUCAGAAAAGGGUCUGGAAAGAAAUCAAUUUCAGCAUUUGUAUGCCCAAAGUCAUGGUAUGUCAUCUUCAUCUGAUAUGCCUAAAGGGGCUUUAGAAAAGCCAGUGUGGAAAUUACCUCAUCCUAUUUUACCCUUUUCAGGGAACCCAGAAUCCUUAAAGUCUAUCACCAUAUCCUCAAAUAGUGAGCCUUCAAGUACCCUGACCAAGCCUAGAGCAAAAUCAUUAUCUGCUGUGGAUGUGGAAAGGUGUACCAAGCCUUGCAAAGACUCUCAAAAGAAAAACUCUUUUAAGAAGUUGCUCAACAUGAAACUAUCCAUCUGUUUCAUGAAGAGUGACUUCCAGAAAUUUUGGUCCAAGAGUAGCCAACUUGGGGGUACAACUACAGGCAAUCUAUUGGGUGGUGAGCAAAAAGGGGUUAAAAGUGAUUGGCAUGGCUUGUUGGUAGGAGAAGAAAAGAGAAGUAAGCCCACCAAAGCAUAUUCUGCAGAUAGUCACAGCCUGGAAUUCCUAAAGAAGAAGAAAUCUUGGGGCCAGACCAGCACAGGUAAUGGAGCAAGAGCUGAGUCUUUGGAUGACCAGAUGCUCUCCAGGGAGUCAUCAUCUCAAGUGCCUUACAAAUCUGUUAUAAGCUACUGUGCUCCUGAGUAUGAAAAUAUUCGUCAUUAUGAAGAAAUACCGGAGUAUGAAAACUUACCUUUUAUUAUGGCUGUAGACAAAACUCCAGAGUUGGAAUGGCAGAAUUCCAGCAGCAUUGAGGACACUGAUGCAAAUGUGUACGAGAUAGAAGAGCCAUAUGAAGCUCCAGAUGGCCAGCUGCGACUUGGACCCAGACAUCAGCAUUCCAGCGCUUCUGGGGCAUCCCUGGAAGGGCACAAUGAUCUGGAUCGUGGUCUUGCUGACCUUCCUUCAGAUGAGGAGGAAGUCCUUAACAGUUCUGAUGAAGAUGAUGUCAGCUCUAGUUCUAGUAAGGGGGAGCCUGAUCUGCUGGAAGACAAACAGGAUGAAGAUCCUGGAAUGAAAAAUAAAGUUCAUCAUAUUGCCAAGGAGAUCAUGAGCUCAGAGAAAGUGUUUGUGGAUGUGUUAAAACUUCUGCAUAUCGAUUUCCGGGAUGCAGUAGCCCAUGCUUCCAGGCAGUUUGGGAAACCAGUGAUUGAAGAACGGAUUUUAAAUCAGAUUCUGUACUACUUGCCUCAGCUAUAUGAGCUCAACCGGGAUCUCCUAAAGGAACUGGAGGAAAGAAUGUUGAGCUGGACUGAACAGCAAAGAAUUGCUGAUAUCUUUGUAAAGAAGGGACCAUAUCUAAAGAUGUAUUCCACAUAUAUCAAAGAAUUUGAUAAGAAUAUCGCUUUGCUGGAUGAACAAUGCAAGAAAAACCCAGGUUUUGCUGCUGUAGUCAGAGAAUUUGAGAUGAGCCCACGCUGUGCUAAUCUGGCCCUCAAGCACUACCUGCUCAAGCCGGUUCAGAGGAUCCCCCAGUACAGGCUGCUGUUAACAGAUUAUUUGAAAAAUCUCUUAGAAGAUUCUGGAGAUUAUAGAGACACUCAAGAUGCUCUUGCAGUUGUUAUAGAGGUGGCCAACCACGCCAAUGACACCAUGAAGCAAGGGGACAACUUCCAGAAGCUUAUGCAAAUCCAGUAUAGCUUAAAUGGACACCAUGAAAUAGUGCAGCCUGGAAGGGUUUUUAUCAAAGAAGGAACUCUGAUGAAGCUUUCUCGGAAAGUCAUGCAGCCUGGAAUGUUUUUCCUGUUUAAUGAUGCCCUAUUAUAUACAACACCGGUGCAGUCUGGGAUGUAUAAACUGAACAACAUGCUCUCAUUGGCUGGAAUGAAGGUCAGAAAACCCACCCAAGAAGCAUAUCAGAAUGAACUAAAGAUUGAAAGUGUAGAACGAUCCUUCAUCCUCUCUGCUAGUUCUGCCACAGAGAGGGAUGAAUGGCUGGAAGCAAUCUCCAGAUCAAUAGAAGAGUAUGCCAAGAAAAGAAUCACAUUCUGUCCUACUCGGAGUCUUGAGGAGGCAGACUCAGAAAAUAAAGAGGAAGUUAGUCCUCUUGGAUCAAAGGCUCCCAUCUGGAUUCCUGAUACCAGAGCCACAAUGUGUAUGAUCUGCACAAGUGAAUUUACUCUGACCUGGAGGCGACAUCACUGCCGGGCCUGUGGAAAGAUUGUAUGUCAAGCUUGUUCAUCAAAUAAGUAUGGCUUAGAUUACCUGAAAAAUCAACCAGCAAGAGUGUGUGAACAUUGUUACCAAGAACUGCAGAAAUUAGAUCACCAGCACUCCCCUAAGAUUGGAUCUCCCAGAAAUCACAAAUCUCCUAAGAUUGGCUCUCCCGGAAAUCACAAAUCUCCUUCAAGUGCCUUAUCAUCAGUCUUACAUAGUAUUCCAUCAGGGAGGAAACAGAAAAAAAUUCCAGCAGCUCUCAAAGAGGUAUCAGCAAACACAGAAGAUUCUUCUAUGAGUGGCUACUUGUACAGAUCAAAGGGCAAUAAAAAACCUUGGAAACACUUCUGGUUUGUCAUAAAAAAUAAAGUGCUAUAUACAUAUGCUGCGAGUGAGGACGUGGCAGCUUUGGAGAGUCAACCUUUAUUAGGAUUCACUGUCACUCAAGUCAAAGAUGCGAAUUCAGAGUCUAGAGUAUUUCAGUUAUUGCACAAAAGCAUGUUAUUUUAUGUAUUCAAAGCAGAUGAUGCUCACUCAGCUCAGAAGUGGAUAGAAGCGUUUCAGGAAGGCACAAUAUUGUAGCAAUAUUGGUUUCAUCUCUUCUGUGAUUCUAAAGAAGGAUGGAAUUUCAUCAGAAUGGAGUAAAUGCAAUACAAAACUUUAAAAAAUGGACACUGCCAAGAUAUAUCCAACCCAAAUCUUCAUCAAUUAUAGGAAAUUAUUUUGUUAAGUAUAAGGUAAUUUUUUAAUGUUAUUUUUUUCAUGUAUGUUAUUUAUUAAAAUUUUGAUGUUUACUUAAUGGUCAGAAUUAUUUCUGAGACUCACACUGAAUUCUAAAGUACUUUUUUUUAGAGUCCACAAAACUUAUUACUUUAUACUAUAGUUGUUUGCCACAAGGUCUACACUGUUUUCUCAAUGUGUUUUACAGUGUUAUAUUGUGACAUUCUCACUAGUGGUAAGUUUUGUAAAUAAAAACACACAUAACAUCAAGGAACAAAUUUCCAUGCAGUGUUUGGUUUAGAAAUUGUUUAUUAUACAACUGAUGAUGAAAGAAAUUUAAGUUUUUGAAUCAAACUUAACUGAAUUUUUAUAUCUUUUAAUGAAAAAAACACAUAACUUCUACCUCAGUAACUAUGAGUGAAAUUCCAGUGAACUUAUAUAAGUAUUUCUACUGUUACAUACCCUUUGGCAUGGGAUAAUGUGACAUCAUCAAGGAAUCACAGCAAAGGGACAGAAUCUGAAUUUUUACUUAACGAACUAUGAAUAUGAUAGAGGAUAUUUUCACUUGCAAAGGAACAUAGAUAAUCAAUUUUAGGGACUGUACAUUAAAUUCAGUCUUCUUGUUAGCAAUGCAACACAGCAUAAAUGUACUUUUUUAAAAAGCUAAAUAUGGCUAAGCAUUAUAUUACAUAAUGUCUGUUGCUAUUGUAAAAGUUCUGAAUCCAAGUCAAUAUUGUAUUUGUAUCUAAAAUGAAUGUUACAUUUCCUACAACAUUGUGCUUUCAAAAAUAAACUGGAACUACCAUAUCAGAGAAGCACAAAUUCUAAGCCAGUUAUUAACUGAAAUUAUAUACUCUCUCUUAAAGGUUUCAAAUACCAUUUUGUGUUAAUUUUUUAAAGAGUUUUGAUUAAAAAAAUUCUUUAUUUCUUUGGCCAAUUGUCAGUGCAUCUCAUCAGGAAAGAUUUAUAUUCAUAAAUUUGGUGCAUUUAUUUUACCAUGAGCUAUUUUGUAUAUAAAAUUAUUGAUUAGCAGAAGAACAAUGAAGUUAAAACAAUGAUUAACAUUAUUCCUAAUGUUCAUAAUAUAUAUUUAUGGACUGAGCUUAAACUAAGUAUAAAGUAUCUUAAAAGGCAAGGUUGUUCAUAGCACAUAUCAGUAGUGGAGAGAAUUUUUCUUUCUCCUUUUACAUAAAAGAUUUCUAAUUCAGCGUGAUACUUGUGAUUGCCAUGAGAAUUACUGAGUGUCUUUCUAAAGCCUUUUAAAUGCGCUUUGUUCAGCACAGGUACCUACCAAAUCUAGAGUUGGCUGCUGCAGGUUUUUCGACUAUAUAUUUCUAUUAGAUCCUGUUUCACUCUCAUCCACAAUCCUCACAUUAUCUCCGAAGUCUUUAUGCCACAGUAGAGAAACUAAUACAUCUUUACUGCUCACUGAUUUUAAUUAAGAUGGCAUAAAUAAUUUCUAACUUACAUGUUACAAUACCCACAUUUUUUAUUGUAUCCUUUCUGGAGACCAAGGUUAUACCUUUUAGUGUUUCAGUCUGCUUCACUGGAUCCAGCAUUAUUCACAAGACAAGUUUUUUGGAGUUCUUCCUCGCUCUUCUUGAGCUCUUCUUAACCACAAGAUUUGGAUUAAACAUCAGAAUCUAAAAAAUAUCAGCCAGGAUAAUUUAUAUUCCAACAGCUGACUGAAUCAAGAACCAGUUUUAAAUCUUAAAGAAACACAAACUGCUAGUAAUUCUUUUAUGCAAAACAUCUGUAUGAUCAUAUUAGCUAUUGACUUGACCCUGUGGAAGUUACUGAAAAUGUUAUAGAGCAGCCCCGAUAUUGAACGGGUUGCCUGGCUGUGGGUCCUCACCUGCACGCUUAAAAGGGACUUAUUAAUACUCCACUACAGGCACACACAAAAGGUUAAUAAAAGGUUUAUUUACAAGGGAAAUGGAAAUUAGGAAAAUGUACAACUCAGGGAGAAAAUAGGGAAAUAAAGUCUUUAAUGUGUCCUACCCGAUCUGACGACCUGGAAACCCAAAAAACACUCUCAGAGCUGGCUGCAAGCUGGCGGAGAGCCAAAAUGGGGGGAACCCCUCCAAAGCCCACAUGUCUGGCUUUAUACCAACCUGGCUGCUUAACCCCACCCUCAGGUCCCAGCCACCUUCCCUUUGGUGGUGAUGGGAUUUGGAGUUCCCAGUGUCUUUGGCUUUGGCCUGGGGUGGGGGUGGAGUCCACAAAGCCUGUAUGGAAUUAGCUUUAGGACAUCCUUUUCCCCCUAACAAAAAAUGUAAAAUACAGCUGUUUGAGGAGGGUAUCAAUUAUACUCCCCCAUAAAGAAGUUUUAAAUGUGGAAUAGUAUUAUAAUCUCUUUCCUCUUUAUCUGUCCUUCAUAACUUAUUAAAGCCGAUCAAUUGUCAUUUAUUUAACCUGACUUAUUCAGUGUCAUCCAAGAAACCUAUACUAACAUCCAUGUAGUUGUAUAGAUUCUUUAGUGUGUGUGUGUGUGUGUGUGUGUAUCUUGAAAGCUAACCUUUUUGAAGAAAAAAUAGUAUUUGGUGCAUUCUAUAAAUGAGGAGAAAGUAUAAAUGUCACUUAAAUUCCAAGGGUACUAUGUUUAUUUCACUGAUACAUGUGCUUCCAUCUAAUCCUUUUCAUUUUAAGGAGCAAGAAGAGCAGUUAUAAAGCUAAGCUAAUAAAAAGAAUGAUGAAAGUAACCGAAACAAAAGAGGCCGGGUUAAACUGGAAAGACUGGUAUUUUUAGUGAGUUCUCCAACCUGUUUCUCCUUUAUCUGUGGCACCUGUAAAUGUAGAGGAUCCACCAAGGUCUAAGGAAAAUGAAAAGGGUUAUCUUUGGUGUCACCUACAUCUCUCUCUACAGCCUCUUUUUGUUCCCUGAUUUAGAUGGCAUCCUCCUAUUAUCCUUUACUAGUAACACUUCUCUCUUCUUCAAAUAAAAGCUUCCAUCUUUGAGAGUACAGGAGCAUUUUUAAAAAUAAAAUUAUCAGAGCAACCCUUGUUUAAUAUAAUACUGUAAUGAAACAACCAAAUGAAGAGGACAAAUUUAAAGUGUAGUCUUUGUUUUAUAUUUAUAUGGUAGAAUAUAUCUAGAAAUAGGGAAAGCCUGCUAUUUAGUAACUUCAUUAAGAUGUAAAUGUACUUUUUUAGGUCUUGGGGAUGAGUACAACAGUUGUACUGUGUUUAAGUAUGAAAUCCAUUGUAUUCAUCUGUAGUCACCUGGAUUUCCAGCAGUAAAUCCUAUAUCUCCUACUAUACUGUCCCCUCCUUGAAGGCAGGUACUACACUUAAUGCAGCACAUCUUCAAAUAACAUUGAAACAACAUCACUUUUGAAGAAAAAAAACAAUCCUAACAACCUGGUUUCCUUACAGGUCACUUGGCUUAUAGUCUCAGUUUCCAAGAAUCUGUAACAAUGGUAAACACUUACUGAGUAGCAGUUUCUCACAAAAUAUUUACAUUAUUUUUAAGAGACAAUAUGUGUUCAGUUGAAUUAAGUGAGGACAUAUCCUUGUCCCCCAAAGGCCCUUGUUAUAAAUAACUUAGAGACAUUCUUUUCAUCAUUCUGCAAGGUAACAGUUAUAACUACCUGUUGGAUAUCUACACAAGACCUGCUUAAGCAUUUUAAACUUUAGGUGACUAAAACACAGCUAACUUUCUUUUCAUUCAAAACUGUUUAUUUUCUUUAGUAAUGGAGAAACACCAUAAUGGGCUCCAGAAUCUACCUCUAACUGGCAACACGACUUGCAGUUACUGUUUCCUUUCCAUCUUCAUUGUCCUACUGUUAUUACAUAGGCCUGGCUCAAGUCCUCCUUACCUCUCCCCAAUGAUUGGGAUAACUUUCCCUCUCGUCCAAUGCCUUCUGUGCAUGGUCUCAUUGUAAACCCUGCCAGAGUCCUCUUUUAAAGCACUGCUUUCAUCCAGUUUCAACCCUGCUCUUUGCUCAGUAGCUUGACAUGGAACACUUUUCCUCAGGGAUCAUGCACUUCAGCUAAUCCCAGUCCAAUAUUUCUUUUCAGACUCUAUGUAUGUGAAAGUUCUCUGUGACAGUCGAUCCCAGUCCUCUCCACUAUUCCUCCACUCUAAAUCUAGUCUAUUCUUCCACUAUAUUUCUAGAGCCUUUAGCUCAUAAACAAUCUUUCUUAUGUACUUAACACAUUCUAACCUUGAGAACAACAACUGUAUCUUACUCUAGUGAGACUGCCCCUCAGCAUCUGGCAGAGUGCCUUGCAGGCAGUAGACACUCAGUAUUUUUUUAUUAAUUAAAUUUCUUCCUUUUGGUCCCUUUAAGUGCCUCUAAUAUCAUUCUGGAGCCUGUGCCACUUUUCAUGUUAGUUUCUCAAGGAAAAUCUUACCUGUGACUUACUCCUCUAAGAAAAGAAAUAACUACUUGUAGGGGUAUUUUUUGUUGUUGUUUAAUAAAGGUGUAGGAAAUUUUCAAAAAGCCUCAGUGUCAAAGUCCCUUUGGGGGGGCAUGAGAGGGAAUAGAUGAAAAGAAGCAACUUUCUCUUUUAUGUAAGUUGGUCAUAGUAUGUUAAAAAGCCAAUCUUGAAAUACUGUUUUUUAAAUGACUUAAAAUAUAUUUCUAGAAGCACUUCUUACUUCAAGUGAUACUAGUUUGUAUCUUGUUGUUCAUAUAGAAAUAGAGGUCCUUUAUAAAUAAAAUAU